CUGGAACAGGAAGAAGGCAGAGGCUGACCUUGUCUAUUUUCACUUUCAAUUGUUUUGUAAACUGGACUUGGAUUGCUCGCCCAACUAGCAAAGUUGACGACACUGCCCGACUCUUGUUUUCUCUUGAGUGCAGCCUUGAAAGACUCCGAAAUGGCAUCAGGUCAACCGCCAUCACAAGUCUAUUCGACUGCGCAAAGAGUAGGCCAAGAUGGACAGCAGAAUGUGCCAACUGAUAAUGCGAGUGCGGGGCCCGGUGGUCAGCCAAUGCAGCUUACAGAUGAGGAAAAAGACGUUAUGAGAGAAUGUGAAAGAGAAAGUUUCUACCUAAGAGCCCUCCCAAUGUCUGCUGGUGCCAUGGCUGCAGCUCAGAUGUUAGUAAGAUCAGGACGAUGGCAGCCUCAUCCAACACUGGGAUCUUUUCCAAAGACUGCUGUCCUUGGGGCCAUCGGGUACUUGGUGGGCAAGAUCAUGUACCUGCCUGUUUGCCAGCAAAAAAUUCUGGACAGAAUUCCGAACUCCAAUCUUGGAGUAGCUGUGAGAAAAGCUAAAGGCAUUCCUGAUCCUGCUGCCCAAGAGUCAGAGUGGGAGCCUCCAGCAUCGCCCCCAAAGCUGCGUGAUGAGUACAAGAGUUUCGAUUCUAACCCUCCGUCCAGUAGUUCUCAACCGGAGGGCUUGGAUGACAGGUUCCGGCCUUCAAUGGAUAGGGAAGUCAAAGAACGAGAGCAGCAGGAAGAGAAAAAGUCCAUCACAUACGAUGACUUGCGGCGACGCAACAGGCAGGAGUAUGAAGACAACAUGAAUAAGAGGUACACCAAGACGCCGGGGACCCCGUCCUACAAGGACAGUCCUCUCAUGCCCCAGAAGCCCUGGCCUGACUCGGAUCACCCAAGGAGGACAGACCCUGAUGAUUUUUCAGAGCCACAGCAAGCUCCUAGCCCACCUCAAGCUCCAGCCAGAAAAAAACGCACCAACAUCUGGGGUGAUCCAAUUGACGACUAAUUCCGUGAAUGGAUGAGGAUGUUGUCCGUGCGAGCUUGUUCUUUACAUCAUGUAAACUAUGCAGUACAGAGGACAAGAUGGGAAUUGGCUGAGUGGCAUAGUUUCACAAAUAUGAUAACAAAUUUUAUGUGCUUUUACAUGUACGUCCUCUGAAUGUGUGUUUGUUGAGAGUAUUUGAAUGAAAGUUUUAUAAACAGAGCUGAGCUUGAUGAAUUGUGUGUUAGGUUCAUAUGAGUUCAAUUUUUGUUAGAAACUAUGGUUGUUUUUAUGUGUGUCAUCGAUGUUAACAUGUAUCGCGAAGAAGCCAUCACUGGAGGGUGAAAUAAACUUUGGACUGGUGACCUGUGCGUGUGCUUUAUUUCUACUUGUUGACUGAUUAUCUGUUAAAGCACAUCAUUUGUCCUAUCAGCGGGAUGAUCGAUUUUGGUUGUAGAGUGAUGAUUUUUGCGGUAGCGUCUUGUGAGCUCUGCACACUUUCAAACUUCUCUGAUCCUUCCUGUAGUUUGAUGCUGAUAAGAUCUUAUUCUUUGAAGGGAGGUUGAGUUGCUAAAUAGCAGAAAGGUCUUCAUGU